AUGGCCACAGAACCUAUCGCAUCAGGUUCGGGAACUAUGGACAUAGACUCAGAAAAAACCCCGUCCACUUCUCAAGCUAACCCUAUGGCGGACACUUUCCAAACGCGUCGGCCGCGCGCGUCUUCACUUCCUUUACAGCCUUCAAAUCUCAAAGUUGGAUAUAUUUAUUCCUCAGAAAUGAUGAACCAUUUUUGUCCUGGUGGUCAUCCCGAACAACCAUUACGCAUUCAACAGAUUUGGGCAACCAUAGUCAACGAGCAACUUCAUAAGAGGAUGAAAUGGAUGCCUAUUCGUGAGGUAAAGAAAGGGGAGGCGCUACUGGUACAUAGCGAAGACCAUUGGAAUAAAGUGAUAGCUAUUCAGUAUUUGACCGAUCAACAGCGAGCAGACUCCGUGGAUUACUACGAGCAAAUGUCUCUUUACGUGAUGUCUGGGACUACCAGGUCUGCGCUUCUAAGUUGCGGUGGUGUAGUUGAAGCGUGCCUGGCUGUGGCGCGUAAUGAGCUGAAGAAAACCUUUGCGAUUGUGCGCCCUCCAGGUCAUCACGCUGAACCAGAUGAACAUAUGGGUUUCUGUUUCUUCAACAAUGUUGCUGUUGCAGCCAGGGUUGUUCAGCAACGUACCAAACUGAAGAAGAUUUUGAUACUCGAUUGGUAA